UAGAUUACAAUGUCAACGUCUAUAAAACGAAAUUGUACUUCUAGCAGUGCAUUUCAGUGUAUUAAUUAUAUUGUGUGUUAAUUAAUUAUUUCUCAGCUCACCCAAAUAUAAGAUACUUUUUCUGAUUACUUGAACAAUUAGUUUGAUUUUAAGUAAAUUGUGUUCUACUUAACAUUUGGUGUGGCAUACAAACGAUAUGGAUUUAGAAAAUGUUAAACAAAUAUUUAAGGACGCUGGGACUGCUUUAAGCCGAGCUGUGCAGUUUACUGAAGAAAAAUUGGGUAAAGCAGAAAAAACAGAGCUCGAUCCUAACUUUGAGAAAUUAGUUUGUUUCUGUGAUAGUACCAAACAAAACACUGAAAACAUGAUUAAAAAUAUGGAGUUCAUUUUGAACUAUAAUCCUGGUAUGAGAGUAGAAAAUCUAUUCUUUUUGGAUAAAAAAAAAAGUGAAUUAAGUAGUCUAGAAUAUUUAGGACUGGCCAUGACUGAAGCGGGAAAUAAUUUUGGCCCAGACACUGCAUAUGGUAGUGCACUGAUUAAAGUUGGUAAUGCCCAGCAAUCAUUAGGACUUAAUCAAAGAGAAUUUGUUAGAUCAGCUUAUGAUUGUUUUAUUAAUCCUAUGAAUAAAUAUUUAGAAACGGAUAUGAAAACUAUUGUUAAAGAAAGAUCUCUCUUGGAAAAAAGAAGAUUAGACUUAGAUGCUUGCAAAACACGAAUGCGUAAAGUAAGAAUGUUGUCAACAACUAAAGAUAAGCCAGACGAAACAGGUCCAACUGUAGAAGAACAAAUUGAAAAGGCUGAAAAUGAUCUUAAAGUAGCCCAAGCAGAAUAUGACCGACAAACAGAAAUAACUAAGUUACUUAUGGAAGGUGUACCAAGUGCUCAUCCACAACAUUUACAACAUUUGCUUGAUUUCGUUGAUACUCAAGCAGCAUUCUAUUUAAAAUGUCAUGAAUCUCUUAUGAGUUUGCAAUCUGAUCUUUCAGGUUUUCCAUCUGAUUACAAUAAUGUUGCAACAUUAUCACCAGAUACUCCAGCUUUAGGCCGAAUACAACAGGCAAAAGUAAUUACUAGUCAAGAACCACGAGACUCUAGUGAAUUGAGAUUGAGUGCUGGAGAAAUAAUAAGUAUAGAUGUAAAUUCAGACAUCGGUUCAAAUUAUUUUAUUGGUAAAAAAAUUCAAAAAGGAAAAGUUUAUAAAAGUAAUGUAAGACUUCUUAAUCAAAGUUAAUUAUUCAUUUUUAUACAAAACUAUUAUUCCUAUUAACAGUUCUCACUAAAAGUUUUUAAAGAUAUUUUAAACUUGUGUUUAACUUCAAGUCUAAUUUUUACCUUUUUUCUAUAAAUAUUUAAUAGUGAUAUUUAAAUUCUUACAGUUGUCACUUUGUAUUUUAUUUUUAGUUUAAUGUAAAUAAAAAUCAUUAAAUUAUAAACAUUCGGUAACUGUUACUUUUAAGAAUCCAAAUAUUGUGAAUUAAAUAAUUAACUAUAACUAGUUUUUAGAGAAUUUUGUUAAAUAAUUAAUAUUGAUCUGAUUAUUUUUAAAUAAAUUAUUAAACAACAA